AUGCACCUCCCAUCGCGCACAGCUUGGUCCCUCCUGCUCCCUUUGAUCAGUCUUGGGGCCGUUGCUAACGCUGCGGAUUCCGGCAUCAUCGAGGUCGACCUUCUUUUCCCGCGCAACGAGACAUAUGCGCCCACCGAGUGGAUGCCUUUCGUCUUUUCCAUCCGGAAUGGCGAGCUCUCAAAACAUCUCAAUCCUUUUCUUGAUUACCGGGGAUGGAACACGUCCGACUUGGGAGAUGGCGGGUUUGACCACACAUUUGACAACAUAAAAUGGGCAAACUGGUCUGGCCAGGACCCCUACUUUGUUUACCACUUCCGCAACGACCUCCAGACCGAGGGAACCUGGUGGCUCGACUGGGAAUACUUUUUCCUCAGUUGCAAAGAGGAUUACACAAAGCAGUGGGGUUCUGGCAAGCCCGUGUUUCUUAACAGCACGUCUCGACGCAUCACAUUCACCAUCAAAGAAGGCGGCCAGGCGGUAGAUCUCGUCGCUGCCACGGCUAACGACAAGACGUGUUCCGACCAGAACAUAGCUGCGAUCAACAUCACCGGCAAAACUGGGUAUGCUCCGGGGGCGCCUCGAGAGCUGCCAGAUGAAAUCUGCGCAGUGGUGGGAUCCCCCGAACCAGCCGCCACCCCUUGCCAGGUCAAGGUGGACUCGGCCGUUGCCGCCAGCAUGACGGCGUCGUUGAGGGCCAAGUUGUGCGAUCCCUUACGCACCCUAAAUCCUCCGGCCGACUGUCCGGAGGACAGCGCCGCUCAGAGGCUGGCUGUUGCAGGUGUGGUUUGCUUGGCAGCCGCCGCAGGAGUGAUUGGAUUUUUGGCUUGA